CAUCUCUAGAUUCUCCAAUAUUUUGUGAGGGAGUAAUGCUAAAUGUGAGAUUUAUGUUUUUUCCUUUUCCGGAGUCUAUUUAUUUACUGCAAUUUCGAAUUUUAUUAAUCAAAUUCUUCUUUGACGGAAAAGUAAUUCAAAUGGCUUUGAGAUUGAAUUCCAAUUUUGCUCUUCCAACACUUCCCUCAAUGCGGCCUCUCCGGUGCCAUUGACAACGCUUUCUCUCGCCGCACUAUGCAAGAGCGUAUCCUCGCGUUUUCCAGUUAACUUUUUCGUCAUCUUCUUCCAUCGGAUUCGGUGAUGAAAAUAAUCCCUCUCCUCAACGAGUUCUGAUAUGUAUUUUAUUGCAAAAACGUAGAUCAAAAAGCUUGGUUUUUAUCCAAUCACUGUCUCUCUCUAAUCCGGAAAAUUAAAAAAAUAAAAUAAAAAUCCGAUAGGAAUAGAUGGGGAAUUUGUUUGUGAAGAAGCCCAAAAUCACCGAAGUGGAUCGAGCGAUUCUCUCUCUCAAGACCCAGCGACGCAAGCUCGGCCAAUAUCAACAACAGCUUGAUACUGUUAUUGAAGCAGAAAAGCAAGCUGCAAGAGACUUGAUUCGUGAAAAGAAAAAGGACAGGGCCUUAUUAGCAUUGAAGAAGAAAAAGACACAAGAAGAAUUAUUGAAGCAAGUUGAUACCUGGAUUAUUAACGUUGAGCAACAAUUGGCAGAUAUUGAACUGGCAAGCAAGCAGAAAGCUGUUUUUGAGAGUUUGAAGGCUGGUAAGAAUGCGAUUGAAGCUAUUCAAAGUGAGAUCAGCCUGGAGGAUGUUCAAAAACUAUUGGAUGAUACUGCUGAAGCCAAAGCUUAUCAAGAUGAAAUUAAUGCAAUAUUGGGGGAGAAAUUAUCAGCAGAAGACGAAGAGGAGAUUUUAGCAGAAUUUGAGAACUUGGAAAGUCAGAUCACCGCUCAAGAUCUGCCUAAUAUACCCACUUCAGUUCAAUCACCUGAGGAAUACGAUGAGCUCCUGGACCUUCCAGAUGUACCAACCAAAGCACCAGUUUUACCUGAAGUGGUUACGGAUGAUGCUGAAGUUUCCACAAAGAGAAAAGUUAUGGAGGAACCGUUGCCGGCUUGAUUGGGAAGAAGUUGACAGAGACAUUGUCAUCGUCAUCAUAUGAAGCUGUUUUCUUCAAUGAACCAUCUCCUAGCGACCGGCAUCUAUCUAUGCAUUUGGUACUCUUUCUUUAUUUAUUUUUAUUAUUAUUAUUUUUUUCCAGCUUAUGGAUUCUUGCAAUUGUGUACCAUCUUUAAUUAUUUGGGAUUUUUUCAGCAAAAAGAAUUCCCAUAUUGGGCUGUACAGAUAUUUAUCUUUACAAUGUUGUUCAUGUAUAAAGUAAAGGUAUUGCAAAAUAGUGGGUCUCCUGAAUCUGAUCAUAUAAAAUCAUUUAUGUUUCUUGGUUAUUA